GUCUGCUGCCCUCCUGCUCUUUGCAGUUUGCUGUCUCAGUGUCGCUGUCCCUCACCAGUCGUUCACGCGCCAUCCGCUGUCACUAUGGCGACCCGGGCCUCAAACCGGCCAUACCACAUAGUGGUCUUCGGGGCUUCUGGCUUCACAGGGCAGUUCGUUGUGGAGGAAGUGGCCCGGGCGGCUGACGGGGAAGACUACAGGGGCCAAGAGCUCCGCUGGACUGUAGCUGGCCGGAGCCAGAAGAAGCUGGAGGAGGUGCUGAGCUGGGCGGCCGAGAGACUGGGAAAGCCUCAGCUGAAGUCCAUUGACAUUAUAAUCUGCGACGUUAGUGACGCCCCCUCCCUCGAUGACAUGUGUAAGAAGGCCUCCGUUGUUCUCGACUGUGUGGGUCCAUACAAAUUCUAUGGUGAACCUGUGGUAAAGGCCUGCGUUGAGAAUGGAGCGCACUUUGUUGAUAUCAGUGGAGAACCCCAGUUUCUUGAGUCAAUGUACAUGAAGUAUGACAGGCAGGCAGCAGACAAUGGGGUGUAUGUUGUUGGAAGCAGUGGAUUUGACUCCAUUCCUGCUGAUCUAGGGGUUUUAUUCACCAGGAACAGCAUGCAAGGAACCCUGACAGCUGUAGAAAGUAUUAUGGCUUUCAAGUCUGGACCAGAGGGUGCUCGUAUUCAUGAAGGCACCUGGCAGUCUGCUGUUCAUGGAGCCGCAGAUCAGGGAAAUCUGAAGAACCUAAGGAAGCAAUUAGCACUCAAGCCACUUCCUGUUAUUGGUAAAAAGCUAAAAAGAAGGGGUGCAGUAUUUUACAGUAAUGAGAUACAGCAGUAUGCUGUUCCUUUUCCUGGGGCAGAUCCGGCUGUCGUCGAGAGGACCCAACGUUAUCUCCAUGAGAAACUGCAGGAGACUCCUGUGCAGUAUGCUGCUUAUAUAGCAGUGGGUGGUAUCGCAUCUGUUCUCCGUUUGAUGUUUGCAGGACCUGUGUUUUUGCUAUUUUCCAAAACCAGCUUUGGUCGGAAUCUUCUGAUAAAAUACCCCAAGUUCUUUUCUUGCGGUUAUGUCUCUAAAGAAGGACCAACACAGCAACAGAUGGAUAAUUCUUCUUUCUCAAUGACAUUCUUCGGGGAAGGUUACAGUCAGGGCCAAGACCCUCAGCAGGGAAAACCUAAUGUGAAAAUCUGCACACAGGUUUCAGGACCAGAGGUUGCGUAUGUGACUACUCCAAUUACUAUGGUUCAAGUUGGGCUGACUCUUUUAAAGGAGCCAGAAUCUCUUCCAGAAAGUGGAGGAGUCUACACACCAGGAGCAGCAUUCUCCAAAACCAAGUUGAUUGACCGCCUCAACAAAGCUGGCAUUCAUUUUACUGUGCUUAGUAAGACAGAUACUUGAGUAAUACUUUGCACUAUCGCUAUCCGCAUGACUAAUUGAUAUAGUACAGCACUUAGGAACCAAAUACCGUAUUUUUCGCCCUAUAGGACACACAUUUUUCCCCCCAAAGUGGGGGGGAAAUGUCAAUGCGUCUUAUGGGGAGAAUACAAAUGAGUGUUUCCAUUAUGGAAGCGCUCAUUUGUACAGUAGGACUGGGGAGCAGUGAAUGCCUUUGUCCCUGUGCUAGCUCUGUAUUCACUGCUUCAUAGUCUUCGUGUGUUGGCGCCGCAUGCUGUGCUGUGACCUGCACAGAGCGUGAGUACGUAGGUGUGCUCUGUGACCUCACACUGUGUCACGUUGGGUCACAACACAGUGCGGCAGGAAGAGCUCAGGAUCUCAGAAGCGGCUGCCGGAAUUAGAGGUGAGUUGAUUUAUUUUUUUGUCUGAUUUGAAGUCUGAAUAACAUAGGGAUCUGAUCUGAGGUCUGAUUGGGGGUCUUAUUAAGAUGGGGGUCUGAUCUGAGAUCUG